AUGGAUCCGGGUACAACGAAACAGGAGAAGGCGGCCCGCCAGGCGGCCAGCAACCGGUCGGCCAAGAAAGACCCGCUGCGGCCCUACUACAUCGCCAGCGGGGUGGUGGGCGGCAGCAUCGUCCUCGCACUGCUAAUGAUGGUUGUCAUGCCCGCAAAGAAACACGAGGAUUUAGAUGUGAACGACGAAAGCCUGAUCUCCCACGUCAACAAUAACAACGUCGAGUGGCGGGCGCGCAGGAACCCCAGUUUUGACGGCUACACCAUGAGAGACAUAAAACGCUGGGGAGCUGUUGGGGUAAAUUAGUGGAGGUUGUGUGGCUUUCGCUUUUAGUUUUAUUUUCAAUGGCUGUCGUGUGUGUGUGACGGAUUGUACUGACUCGCGACGCCGGCCCUGCUCCGGCACAUCGUCGAUUGCUUUGUUUAUUGUGCGGGCGAGACAAUAUAUAAAUAUUAGUUCUGUUUCUCAAAAAUGUAAAACAGGUAUCGCAGGGCGGGAUGAUGAAUAGCCAGCAGUGCAACGUGGGGCAGAUUCCCAACAUGCCCGAAAACUUUGAUGUGCGACGGCGAUGGCCCAGCUGCUACCGGAGUCGCGAAGCUGUGACGCACACGCACCAGCCCAGUGAGUCCAGUAAUCAAGUCUAUUUUCAGGGAAACUGCUCCUCGAGUUACGCGAUUUCAACUGCGUCAACGUUGUCAAACCGGUUUUGCAUCUCAGACCCGCAGAUGUACGGAAACUUGACCCUCUCGCCCCAAUACCUGCUUUCCUGCGACUCGCAGUUGACUCGAGGCUGUCUGGGCGGCGAAAUAGACAAGGUGUACUACUACCUGGAAGGGCACGGUACAUAAAGCAUUUCAUUUAGUUUUCAUCACAAAAAUAUGGACGUCUCGAUUUAUUUUUUCAUUUCGAUAUAUUUAUGUGCUGCUGUCCGUCGGCUUCGGUUGGCGCGGCCGGUUCGAUGGUCAAUUCAUGAUAUGACGGGAGGGCAGGAAGUAGCCAACUAUACAGCAGCAGCAGCCAGUUGCUGAUAUUCAACAAAAUCGUGGCGAGGGGUGACUGACGUUGAUAUCAAUGAUUUCAAGAACCUCCUUCAGGUCUCGUGCACGAGAGUUGCCGCGCGUACCAGGCGAAGGACGGUAGGAAGUUGCCUUGCAACACCGAGAUGACUUGCUCGGACCUAUGCCGUGCAAAUAUGUCUGGGUCUGGAAACACGUGGCGCUGAUUCGUGCAACAUCAGCAACAUAGAUACUUUCAAGUGCGUCCAAGCAUGACAAGUUUCUUCGAUGUUCUCUCAUGCGCAGCGUGCAUUACACACUGCGUUUCUGCAUACACGAUGCUCUUUUGGGUCGUGCAACACAGACUCUAUGCAGUACAGCUUCAGCGUUUCCAGACCCAGUCACCUUUGCAGAUGAUAGGACCGGAGGCGGUACAAAAGUUCCAACACCUGCGUGAUGCUGGACCGGGACCAGAUGAAGGGGGAGAUGCUUCUGAACGGCCCGAUCGUCGGUCUCAUGUACCUGUACGACGACUUUUUCGUGUACAAAUCCGGUGUGUACAGCCCAUCUCUGUAAGGACUGAAAAGAGGAGCUACAGAGGGCGUCUCUGGUGCAUCAGUGCGGCUUACCAGAAAGACACUGCGUGUGGUAUGCAUCAUGCGUUGUGCAGUUCUUGUAUACGUCGCCUGGAGGGCAUGGGCAUGAGCAAUUUGUUUAUCUACACCGCUAGACUUUCUAUGCGGGAGAAUUUUUCAGAUGCCGGCAAUUAUGAGUAAACGUCCACUGCCCAGGAGUUUGUCAUGAUAUUCGUCCGAAAACACAAAAGUAAAAGACGCCGCGACCAAAGCACAGCCACGGCUGUUUUCCAUCGUUAAACACUGAUGCGGCUCUCUGUAGUACCGCUUUUACUGCACACUUUGACUGCGACUUGCAUCAUGGACAAGAAGGGGCAGGAGCCAAUGCUGCAUGCGGUGAAGAUCAUCGGGUGGGGCACGGAGUACGGGGACGACGAGCAGAACUACGGGCGUAAGUCCUCCUCCACGGUGGCCAAAGCGGGCGUUCCGUACUGGCUCAUAGAAAACAGCUUCGGCGCCAGCUGGGGCGUGAACGGGGUCGGGAAGGUGAAAAUGCAAACCAUCACUCCCGGGCCGGAGUACAACCCCAUGCUCAAACGGGACGUCGUGCUGCUGGAAAAGUAUUGGAGCAUCACUUCAUGGUGAUUGUCACGAAAACGAAUCAUAAACUUUUCGUGAUCAGUGUGUCUCUCAGUGUUACGCUCCUUGUGCAUCGAUUCAGCGGAACCGAAAAUCUUUCAAAAACCAUUGCACAAAGAAAAAAAAGUUUCGAUUUAAAACAGCUUCGUCCUAUCCGCUACCCCCUACACGGCACGCAUGGAGGAGAUACACGCGCAACCAGAAUUCGCGAAGAAGGGCGACGAAAGGUAGCGAAAAUGGCUCGAGGACACGCCGCGCCUCGAAAUUCCUGGGCACAGAUAGGCAAAACCAAAGAUAUGGACUCGCUGGCUGACUCUGUGAAGAGACGCUUAGUUGACGCCAUGCAAGAUACUGGAUCAAGGCGCCUUUGACUGUGCGCUGCUACAAAAAGAAUGUAUUCACUUUACAGCAGAUCUUGGUGGCGAUGCCGGCCCGUCACGGGGAGACGUGGGCUUGCGAGCUGCGCAACUGAGACGAUGUUCCUAAGGUACUUGCAUUCGGGCAGUGACGAGCCGUGAGAAAAUAGGCACCCUACGUGAGCAAGCGUCUCUCUGGAACAGCGAGACGCGAGAGUGUGAGUGAGCGGCUAUAAAACGUUCGAUAAAGACAAGGGCGGGCCGCGCGAUUUAGUGUUGAAAAGCCUCGAGCGAUGCGCACACCUGCGCCCCGCUGCGUCGUGCGCAGAGCCGCCCGACAAGGCUGGCAGAGCGUUGCAGAUCGCCGCGACGCGGCUAACCGGUCUGGCGCUCUGCUGCCCAGCGGAGUGCUUCAGCAACCUGCUCAGUUUCGCGAGUGGAUUGCAAAGAAGUUGAAAAGUAAGCGGG